UGUUGCUGGUGCUAAUGACAGAAGCUAACCCCUUAGCUCUCCGCGAGGCGCUCAGAGGCAGCAGCCGGAUCACCGGCGUCUGGCUGGAGGAAGCGAGGCGAGUUGAACAGAAAAGCUCGGUUCGAAACGAGAGAAGAGGAAAAUGGACAGGGCGGUCAGUCUCCCCGGACAACCAGAAAAGGUCACCACAGUGAACCUGGUUGAGACCAGCACGGCCCCCAGUGGAAUGGAACUGGUCAGCUCCUAUCAGACCAACAGAGUGGGGGACCCCAUGGACCUGGUGGCGCUUGCCGAGCAAGUGCAGAAGGGGGACGACUUUGUUAAAGCCAACGCUUGCAACAAGCUGACAGUAAUCGCUGACCAGAUCAGGUACCUGCAGGAGCAGGCCAAAAAGGCUUUAGAAGAAGCAAAGAGAGACGCUGACCUCCACCAUGCUGCCUGUAAUAUUGUGAAAAAGCCAGGCAACAUGUACUUCUUGUACCAGCGGCCGUCUGGACAGCAAUACUUCUCCAUCAUCUCCCCAAAGGAGUGGGGACCAAGCUGCCCUCAUCCGUUUCUCGGUGCAUUCAAGCUUCAGCAUGACAUGUCCUGGACUCCUGUGGAUGAGGUGGAAAAGAGGGACGCAGAGCUCGCCGUUAUGGGGAAACUGCUCAGCCACCAAACAGCCCUGCCUCCAUGCAUAGGACCCAAUUUCAGAGGUCUAGAUGAAUAAAACUGGACAAAAAAUAUGAUCGGUUUAUACAGAUUCAAGUCCCACACAGGGACUAAAAAACUGCUGUCAGUGAGUCUCUGUUUUAUCUUAAGCUGCCAUAAAUGCAUAAUGCUUUA